AUGGAAUCAGAAGACUUGCCAAACGCGGAGACGUCUUUUUACGUAUAUCUCGGAUGUUCAAUGAACAUGGAGAACGAUCUGAAAGAAGAACCAAACAGGACGCGAAGAGCAGCUUGGGUCGCCUUUCGGCUUCUAAAGGCAACCACAAACCAAUUGACGGUAGGAUCGAAGGCAUUCCGAGCAGCCUUCAGAGCGGUGGAACGACGUCUUCUGAAGUACAAUCGACGCACUCAGCAUCUCCGGAAUACGUCUUCGAGACGAACAUCGGUGGAUUGGUCAUAUGCCGAGAAGGGCAGACGACAGAUGGACACCGAGAACUCUGGAAUGGACCCCUCAAAACGUCCACGAGGGAGGCCACCGACCAGCGCUGAGGUGUUCGUUGCACGAAUGGACGAGCUGAAGUCUCAGCUGGUAACGAGUAAUGUAUUUGCGCCUCGCAAACGUCGCCAUGCAGUUCAAUAG